AUGUCUGCCAACACCGUGAGGUCGCUCUACCGGCGGUCCUUGAAGUUGUCGCUGGACUGGGCUGUCCAGCGAUCCAUCUGGCGCGGACAGGCCGUCUACAUCCGCUCCCUCUUCGAUGCCAACAAGGACGUCCGUGAUCCUCGCCAGCAACAGAUUUUGCUGCGCGAGACCGAGAAGCUGUUGAACGAGUGGAAGCACCCCGACCCCUACCGGGCUCCCACGGCCCCUGGUGGAAACAAAUGGGAGCGCAACAUUCCCGCUCCGAUUCUUCCAUAUGCGGCGCCCCCCUCUGCCCACUAA